GGCCCUGAGCCUGCGCCCUGCUUCUCAAAGGGACUGCUCCAGGCCCUGACCCUUUCUCCUCCGCUGGGCCACCGCGAUGUCGCUCGCCAUCCUGGUCCUCCGGCUGCUCGUGGGCAUCCUGGCAUCUCCCAUGUAUCUGCUGAACCUCUUAGGCUUGUGGAACUGGAUAUGCCGAAAGUGGUUUCCCUACUUCCUGUCGCGUUUCACGGUGAUGUACAAUGAGCAGAUGGCAAACAGAAAGAAGGAGCUCUUUAGCAACCUGCAGGAGUUCGCAGGCCCCUCAGGGAAGCUGUCGCUGCUGGAGGUGGGCUGUGGCACCGGGGCCAACUUCAAGUUCUAUCCCCCGGGGUGCAGGGUGACCUGUGUCGACCCCAACCCCAACUUCGAGAAGUUCUUGUUCAAGAGCGUCUCAGAGAACCGGCAGCUGCAGUUUGAACGCUUCCUGGUGGCGGCCGGCGAGAACAUGCACCAAGUAGCCGAUGGCUCUGUGGAUGCUGUGGUCUGCACCCUGGUGCUGUGCUCAGUGAAGAACCAGGAGAAGAUUCUGCGAGAGGUGUGCCGAGUACUGAGGCCGGGAGGGGCGUUUUACUUUAUGGAGCAUGUGGCGGAUGAGAGGUCCACCUGGAACUACUUCUGGCAACAGGUUCUGGAUCCUGUCUGGUACCUUCUGUUUGAUGGAUGCAAUCUAACGAGAGAAAGCUGGAAGACCUUGGAGCGGGCCGGCUUCUCGAAGCUGAAGCUGCAGCAUAUCCAGGCUCCACUGUCCUGGACUUUGGUGCGGCCCCACAUCUAUGGGUACGCUGUGAAAUAGAGGUGGCAGGAGAGACUUGGACAGCUGCAACGGUUCAAGGCUUCAGUUUUAGAUGUAAAAUUCUGACUGGGAGAGGUGAAGUCCAAUUCAUCCUCACAGGUUUCUGUUUAACCAUUUUCUGUAUUAAUUCCCACCAAAUCAAAGCAGCUUUGAACUCCCCUUCAAAGGGAGCAAUGGUCUUUCAUUAGCCAUUGAUAAUGAAGCAGGGGGAAACUAAUAGCUUGCAAACCGAAUAAAUAAAUACCAGCCAAGUAAAAAUACAAUGUCUGACCAACACAGAAAAUCCUCCCCUGGAAAAUGAAAUCUGAACCUCCUUGCUGCCCUGGUGUCUCUGGCCAACAGCUGUCACCAAAUCCUGCUGCACUACACUGUCUUUACAAGUGUACCUGAUAUACCAUUGUUACCACAGAACUGCUCACGACAGUCAAGAUUCUUGGGUUAAUUUCUUAUCUAGCACAUACUUUGCUGAACACAAUAGACUCCAGGCAGUGAAAGGGCCCACUGUGGUUAGGGAAAACUGGUACACUAUGUGGGCAACUCUAAAAGCAAUCUGUAAGUGUAGUCAGCAAGGCCUGAGGGGAUUGUUCUGACCAAAUUCCACUGGUCCUGAGCUAGAUGUGGUGGCAAAUGCCCUUAAUCCCAGCACUAGGAGGCAGAGACAGAGGCAGGCGUGUCUCUGAGCUCUAAGACAGCCUGGACAGUCUGGUCUACAGAGUAAGUUCUAGGCUACAAAGAAAAUCUUGAAAAACAGAGAGAGAGAGAGAGAGAGAGAGAGAGAAGCAAUUCAGCUGGUCUUGAAAGAAAACCAGGGACAUCAUUAUGUACCUACUGAGAGAGUGUCUAGGUGGGCCCAUUGGAGGGUUUCAGCUACAGUUUGUAUCUAAACAAAUGCAUAUUUUCUGAGAUGAUUUUGCAGAAGUCCUAUUUUGAAUAUCAAAUCAAUAAACUUAUAUUCAUUUAAGGAA